AUGUCUUUUGACGACGUCACAGACCAAUUCAUCACAUACGAGAGCCGUUUGGCCUCCUUUCACAAGAACUCCAAAAAGCGAGGUUCUACAACGAGCGGAAGGGGCACAAAAGCUCUGAAUUGGCCACACAAGAGCAUCACACCCGCGAGCCUCGCCCGCGCUGGACUUUUCUUCAACCCUACACCAGAAAACCCCGACAAUGCCACAUGUUUUCUAUGCCACAAGGGCCUCGACGGCUGGGAAGCAAAUGACGACCCUCUCCUCGAGCACCUGAAGCAUGCUCCCGAAUGUGGAUGGGCGGUUGUCGCAGCGAUUGAAGCCGAGGUCGGAGAUUAUGCGCAACAAGAUCCUGAUCAACCAUACAUGAAGGAUGCUCGAAAGGCCACAUUUGCUGGAAGGUGGCCCCAUGAUUCUAAGAAGGGAUGGAAGUGCAAAACCAAGCAGCUGGUCGACGCAGGAUGGAAGUACACACCGACAGAAGACUCGGACGAUAUGGCUACGUGCACCUACUGCCAGCUGGCCCUCGACGGCUGGGAGCCUGGCGACAAGCCUCUAGAUGAGCAUUAUAACCGAUCACCUGGCUGCCCGUUCUUUAUUCUUCUCGAAGAGAAGCAAUCUACUAAGAAGUCUGGCCGAAGCAAGGCUGGACGCGCAUCCAAGGCCUCGCGGUUGUCUGCGCAAUCAGUCGCUACAGUCGCAUCGGAGGUGACCUCGAUCAACGAGUCUACAGCUGCCAUCGAGGAUAGCGUCUUGACAACAACUUCGACUACACAGGGCGGAAAGAAGACGAAGGCUCGCAAAGCGACUUCGAAAGGACGAAAGACAAAAGCCAAGAAGGAAGCACCCGUCGAGGACGUUGAGGCAUCCAUUGAGGAAGAAGAGGUACCAGUAACAAAGCCUGCUCGAGGGCAGAAGCGAGACAGUGCAGCAGUGGAAGACGCCAGUAGCAUGGCCAUGUCUCCACCAGGUAAGAAGCGUGCCACACGGAAAGGCGCUAACGCUUCUGUAAAUGAGUCGACAUUGCAACACGACGAGUCGGUUGAUAUUACCGAAGUCUCUGUCUCUAAGAAGGGCGGCAAGAAGAAGACGACACGUAAGGCGUCAGCUAAAUCUUCUCGCACCGUAUCCUCAGGCUCUGCGACUUCGGAAGUGGUGACGACUGGUUACGAGGCAACUCCUGGAACAUUCCCUGAUGAUGAUGAGAUUGAGCGCCAACUCGAAGCAGACCUUGAGAGACAGCUUACUGAAGACGAGGAGAUAACUGCUGACUCUGAUUCUGAAAGACGUCAGAGCAAGAAAGAGAAGGGAGAGAAGGCAGCAAAGGCUGAGAAGCACGAGUAUUCCCGAGACUAUGCCAUGCUCAAUCCUGAGCCAGUGGAGCCGAAUGAAGACGAUGUUGAUGACGAACUUCGAGCUUUACAGGCUGAGAUGGAGGUUGAUGAGGAGUCAGCACCUCAGCAUGAACCUCAACCAGAGCCAGAAGUCGAACCUGAGCAGAUGCCUGAGCCUGAGCCUGAACACCAAGAAUUACGUAUCCCCAAGAAGGGUCGAAAGGCUGGAACUAGAAAGGCUUCCAAGCAGAGCAAGUCUAAGAAGGCCAAGGCGGCACCUGAGCCUGUUGAGGAAGAUGAAGUUGAGCCUGAGAAAGCACAGCUACAGGAACACGAAAUGCCAGAGGAAGAGGUCACACAACCAGAAGCAGAGACGCAGGUCGAUGAGACAGCCCACGACGAUAGUCUUGUUAGCACUGACACUGUUGUCAAGAAGUCUAAUAAUUCUCGCCUGAGUACAGGCAGCCGAGGGCGUGGACGACCAUCCAAGGCAUCCCUCGCCUCGAGGGCUUCCGCCAAUGAUCUAGAACUAGUUGAAGCGCCAGAAGAAGCUACUCCAGAGCCUCCUGAGGAGCAACCCACAAAACGGCCCCGGGGACGUCCUUCCAAGGCUUCAUUGGCAUCUCGUCCAUCUGCUGGACCUGACGAGAGCCAAGUGAGUGAAGCGGCCCCUAAACGUGGUCGUGGACGUCCUUCAAAGAAGUCACUGGAAGCUCGGAAGUCGAUGGAAGCAGCGGCGAGCCAGGAAUCCACACAGCCCUUCACACAACCGGUUGAAGAGCGCAUGCAAGAGGACGUCGAAGUCUACGCGUCCGAGGAACAAAAGGACGAGAGGCCACCUUCUUCCCGUGUUGUAUCGUUUGAAUCGGCGCAGGCAUCUCCCGCACAACAGCCUAUGCCAUCAUCACCACCCGCAAGCGCGGCUCACCUUGCGAACCCGCCAUCUACUCCUGGGAGAAUCAUUUCUCCCGCACCCUCGGCUCGACAAGCAGCCAUCUCGCCAUCUCAAUCACCCCAAUCCUCUGACGCUGAGAACCAACCGCCCUCUUCCAGACUUACCACGAGUUCCAAUCCUAAGAGAGUAGCACUUGCACCAGUGAACUCUACACCAACGCGCUCGUCACCAUCCAGGCGCAACGUGAUUGCGGGACUCCGCAGCACGGCACCAUGGACAGAGCUGGAUCUCGACGCUGUCUUCGGAACACCACGUGUCAACACAGACAAGGAGAAUGGCGUAGAACGAUACCUUAAGCAGGGACAGACUUUGACGUCACCCGAGAAGCAGAUGACAGUGCAAGAGUGGAUCUACUACAAUGCUUCAGAGGCCGAGAAGAAGCUGAAGUAUGAGUGCGAGUCGAUUGUUAACCGAUUUGAGAGUGAAGGAUCAAAAGCAAUGCGCGUGCUUGAAGGACUGCUUGUGGAAUGA